AUGACUCGCCGAAUGCACCACACACCGAUCAUCGCCCCGAUCGCCCCGGCGUCACCUCGUCCCGCCAUGGGCUCGAACGAGAGCGCGCCCGCGAGCGCGGUCGAGGCGACGCCGGCGAUCGAGCCGAGCGCGCGCGCGACGGCGCCGAUCGACCCGAGCGCGACGGCCGUGACGACGGAUGCGACGCCCGAUGCGGAUGCGGUGGCGGCGGUGACGACGACGAUGGCGACGCUGGACGUGCGCGCGCCGCGCGCGCGGUCGACGACGCAGUUCGAGCGCGGCGUGGUGAUCGACGCGCGGUUUCGCCCGUUCGGGGCGCCCCUCGGGUUCUUGACGGCGUGUAAAAAGCUGGGCGUGGAGGCGCGGAUGGGGGAGCAGGUCAAGACGGCGCCGGCGACGGCGACGUGCGCGUCGGUCGACGGCGCGCGCGAAGUGGUCGGUGUACUCCCAGCGCUCGCCGCGCUGGAAGAUGCGUGCGCUGGGACGGGACUGGUCGGAAGCGAUGCGGCGGAGACGGAGGCGGUGAUGGAGUGGGUGACGCGAAGCGGGGAUCUCGCGCCGGGCGGCGGAUUCGAGGCGCAGUGUAAGAGCGUGAACGAGUACCUCGCGACGCGAACGUACUUGGUCGGACACGAUGUCACGCUGGCCGAUUUAGCGCUCUGGGGUGAGCUCUCGACGAACCGACAGUGGCCGGUGGUGGAGAAGAAAGGGGGGUGCGAGAACGUGUCCCGCUGGAUGUCGGCGAUGAACGCGGACGCCGACGCGAAGAGCGUCGUGGACGCGGUGAACGCCGGGAACCCAAUCUUGAACAAGAAGGCGACGACGGUGACUGAAACCGGCAAGGUUGUCGGCGCGAAGACGUCUGGAUCGUUUGAGAUCGAUCUCCCGGGGGCUGAGAUGGGUAAGGUUGUCACUCGUUUCCCGCCGGAACCGAGUGGGAUUUUGCACAUCGGGCACGCCAAGGCGGCUCUGCUCAACCAUUACUUCGCCCGCGCGUACAAGGGGAAGCUUAUCGUGCGUUUCGACGACACGAACCCGGACAAGGAAAAUGAUGAUUUCGUCGAGGGCAUCAUGCGAGAUAUCAAGACACUCGGUCUUGAUCCGGACGUCGUCACAUACACGUCAGACUCAUUCGACGCGAUUCUCGCCAUGGGCGAAAAGCUCAUCAAGGAGGGUAAGAUUUACAUCGACACCACUGAUGUCGAUACUAUGCGCACCGAACGCAUGAAUCGAAUCGAAUCCAAGUGCAGAAGCCAGACUGUGGAGGAAAACCUUCGACUUUGGCGGGAGAUGAAGAAGGGCUCGGAGGAAGGAGCCGCGUGCGCCGCGCGCUUCAAGAUUGACAUGGCAAGCAACAACGGGUGCAUGCGUGAUCCCGUCGCUUUUCGAUGCAACGUGGAAACACCGCAUCAUCGCACUGGGACGAAAUACAAGGUUUACCCGACAUACGAUUGCGCGUGUCCUUUCGUCGAUGCACACGAGGGCGUGACACACGCGCUUAGAACUUCCGAGUACGCCGAUCGCGAAGACCAGUACAAGUGGAUUCAAGAAGCGAUGGGCGUGCGAGCAGUGCACAUUUGGGAGUAUAGUCGCUUGAACUUGGAGUAUACGACGCUGUCUAAGCGCAAGCUUCAGUGGUUCGUGGACAACGGACACGCGACGGGAUGGGACGAUCCUCGUUUCCCCACGGUGCAGGGAGUCGUACGCAGAGGUAUGCAAGUCGGCGCGCUCAAGGAGUUCAUGGUGUCCCAAGGCGCUAGCAAGAACGUCAACCUAAUGGAGUGGACCAAGCUGUGGGCGAUGAACAAGAAGAUUAUUGAUCCGAUCGCUCCGCGCCAUGUGUGCAUCGAUGACGAAAACGCCGUCGUGGUCAAGGUUCUCAAUGGCCCUGCUGGUGAGGAAUGGUUCACCGUGAACAAGCACAACAAGAACCCGGAUGUUGGAAUCAAGGUUGUGCUUCGUAUGAACGAAAUUAUCAUUGAACAAGCCGAUGCGCAGCUGAUCAAGGAGGGAGAGGAAUGCACGCUCAUGGGAUGGGGUAACGCCUUCUUCAAGAACAUCGUCAAGGAGGACGACGUGGUCAAAUCCAUCGAGUGCGAGAUCAACCCAGAGGGUGACGUGAAGACGACGAAACUCAAGAUGACGUGGUUGGCGAACUGGAAGGAGCUCGUUCCGGUCAUCAUCAAGGAUUUUGACUAUCUGAUCACGAAGAGAAAGCCAGAAGAAGAAGACAAAUUUGAGGAUAUCGUCAAUACGACGACUGAGAUCACCGUCAAUGCCAAGGGCGACGGAAAUCUACGCACGUACAACAAGGGUACCGUCAUUCAACUCGAUCGUAAGGGUUACUACAUCGUCGACCGCGUGUACGUCAAUGCGAGUGUGCCCAUGAUUCUUUUGAGCAUCCCAGACGGCAAAAAAGCUUCGUGGGGCGUCGCGGCGAAGUAA